UGCAUGUCGAACUUUUUUAAGUAUCGUUUGACCAUUAAAAUGACAACUUUUUUGCACCCGAUAUAAAACAACAUCCCGCUGCUAAGAAUAACAUCCUACAGCUAUCGGUUGCCUAAUGGAUCUCAGGCAGAUCAAAUGAAACCGUUAGCUACAUCCGAUUUGUUACGAGUGUCUCACAGUUUGCAACCUUCGGAUUUUGACAGCAUGGAUCUAUUGAGAUGUGCCAGACAUUGUAUGUACAUUGCAUGGCUUGGCUUCUUAUGGAGGAGUGCAGCAGAUCAGCCCAGCCUGACAGACCACCUGCAGUCUGCCCAUGGAGUACCUGAACUGUGUGGUAUCGAUGAGCUUCUUUGUCAUGAUGAAAAUGCUCAGCUAAGUUUUGAGGCCAUCCGCAGCAUUCACAAAGACAUGGAUGAUGAUGCAGACGGCAGCGUGGAUGUGACGGAGACGGAUGGGUUUCUAAGGGAAGACAUGAAGUGCCAAGACCCGAAAGGAAAACACAACAGCUUCCAUAGAGUAGAUCUGUUGAUCACAGUGGAGGACAUGUGGAUGUCCUGGAAGGCCUCUGAAGUGUAUAACUGGACAGUAGAGGAAGUUGAAGAGUGGCUCAUCAGUUGUGUGGAGUUACCUCAGUAUGUUGAUUCCUUCAGGAAGAAUGACAUCAGUGGAAAAGCUCUUCCCAGACUUGCAGUGAAAAAUGCCACUCUACUUCUGUCCGUGCUGAAGAUACCAGACCGCAGUCAUGCACAGAAACUACUGCUCAAAGCUCUGGACACAGUGCUUUUUGGACCUCCAAUGAGUAAAGACAGUCACUUGAAGGACUUGAUGCUGGUGGUGUCUGUCGUGAUCGGUGUUGGGGGCUGCUGGUUCGCCUACAUCCAGAACCGGAGUUCUAAGGACCAUGUUAGCAAGAUGAUGAAGGACCUCGAAGGGCUUCAGAGGGCUGAGCAGAGCCUACUGGACCUGCAGCAGAAGCUGCAGAUUGCACAGGAAGAGCAUCACACGGUGGAGGAGGAGAAGGUCAACCUGGAGAGGGAGAUGCGAAGCGAGAUUGAUGCAGCCAAGCAGGAGGCACAAAGACUACGACAACUACGGGAGGGAACUGAGAACGAGUUGAGCAGACAGAAAUAUGCAGAGCAGGAGCUGGAUCAGGUGCGAAUGGCUCUGAAGAGGGCUGAGAGGGAGCUGGAGAUGAGGAGCGGAUGGUCUCCUUCAGGAGCUCUGCAGAAAUGGCUGCAGCUCACACAUGAGGUGGAAGUGCAGUACUACAACAUUAAGAAACAGCAAGCGGAAAGACAACUCUUAGUGGCUAAAGAAGGGGCAGAAAAAAUCAAUAAGAAGAGAGGAACAAUCUUUGGGACGUUCCAGGUGGCCCACAGCUCUUCACUGGACGAUGUUGAUCACAAAAUCCUCUCAGCCAAACAGGCUCUGGGAGAAGUGACCGCUGCUCUGAGAGAAAAGCUUCAUCGAUGGCAACAAAUUGAGAUUCUGACUGGGUUCAAUAUUGUUAAUAACCCUGGCAUGUCGUCUCUGGCCUCUGCCCUCAACCUGGACCCUGCUUUCCUGGGCAUACGCUCCUCUGUACCCCAACACCUGCUGCUAUCUGAUGACGUAGACGAUAUGGACGAGGACAUACUUUCCACAGGAACCCUACAAUAUGCCGCCUGGCAGAUGGAUCAGCGAGUGAGCGACCUUUGGCCCAUGGCUUCCGAUAGCCAGUCCCUGUGGAAACAAAUCCCUUCUGCUCCUAGCCUAAUGUCCCUGCGUCCAUCACACGGCGACCCCAUGCUGGACCUGAACUCACAGAGUGAUCUGAACCGGUCCGAAUCGGAUUCCUCCCUCUCGGUGUCUCAGUACGGAGACGCCCAGCGCCUCAACUCGGCUCCACUCUACAGUAAGCUGUCCAGAUCCAACGAUGGUUCCUCCACCGACAGCCCUCUGCUGCAGAAAAAGACCUUUGGCAUGGAGAAGUGUGUCAGUCUCGGAGAAAUCCACUCUCAGCCGUCUAGCCUCUACUCAGUCUCUCAGAUCCCAGGGAGGAAGAUCCUGGUGGACGAGGACAUCGGCUCCACAGGAGACGUCACUGAAGGCACCAGCACGGGCCGCAAGAAGCACACCUUAACCAAACUCUUCAAGAGGCCGAAGAAAUAACAGCAGUAUAAGGAAAUGUCAAACAUAAAGGAACUAAGACUAGCACAAUUGUACUUUUUAAAACCUUUAAGAGGUUUAGUAAGAACAUGUAAUUUAUGUGGAAAUUGUGUCGACCAACGGGAACAGAAACCGUUAUUUGUUGGGAACAGGUAUGACAUCACUGUACAUUAUUAUUACUACAUUUUUGGUGUGAGCGUUUCUCUUGUUUUUAUUUGUAGUUCGCGUGAGCCGGAGCUUUCACUCUCAAAGUAAACACAUGCAAAGGUUUUGAGAACAUACAAAUGAUUUCACCUGCUCUAUGCUUUUGGUUUACAUAGGAUUUGCUUGGACUUCUUUCGUUUUCACAUGCAGCCCAUCAUCGUGUUGUGCGUCCACAUCCCCCUUGCUGAAAGCACACCACCGUAUGACCCAGUUCUUGUAUGCAGCAACUGUGGGUGUGUAUUGACUGACGGAUGUGAGGCUGAAUAUAUCUUGUAACUUGCUUUUGAUUUCUCCUGUUAUUUUAAAAUGUUUUAAACAUAAGAUAUAAAAAGGGAGGGUAUUUGUGUUGUGCAAAAGUUGCGCGCUGACAUAAACUGGGGAGUUUCUUUUCUUGACAAUUGACAUUUUAAUAUAAAUGUUGUCACCAUUACUGUAAUUUCAGUUUCCACUAAAAUAAAAAGCAACACAACUGUUUUCAACAUUGAUAAUAGGUAAAAAUGUUUCUUGAGCAUAUUAAAAUGAUUUCUAAAAAAAAAA